AUGGGGACAUUUGAUGUAUUCCUGUUUAUGGUGAUAGCAUAUACAUGCUCAACCGUAAACGGAAAUGUAUAUUUCCGUGCUACAAAACCAACUAAUGAGUGGUUUUCGAACACAAUAACAUAUCAAGUAUAUCCAAGAUCAUUUAAAGACAGUAACAAUGAUGGUAUUGGUGAUUUAAGAGGUAUUAUGGAGAAACUAGAUCAUUUCGUUGAUCUUGGUAUUGAAACAUUAUGGAUUGGUCCACUUUACAAAUCCCCUAUGGAUGAUAUGGGGUAUGAUGUAGAAGACUAUUAUGAAAUAGAUCCUAUCUUUGGAACAAUGGCUGAUUUUGAUGAACUAGUUUCAGAAAUGAAGAAACGAAAUCUUAAAUUAGUAACAGACUUUGUACCUAACCAUUCAAGUUAUAAAUGCGAGUGGUUUACGAAAUCAGUUGAAAGACAAGGCAAAUACGCAGAUUAUUACCUUUGGCGUAACGCAUCAAACCAAGAUGAAAUUUUAAAAAAUUCUACAAUAAAACCGAAACCACCAAAUAAUUGGUUGAGUGUAUUUGGUGGUUCUGGCUGGACAUGGAAUGAAAAACGACAACAAUUUUAUUACCAUCAAUUUAAUGAAAAACAGCCAGACUUUAAUAUUAGAAACCCAGAAAUUCACAAAGAAAUUUUGGAUAUAAUUAAAUUUUGGCUGGAUAGAGGCGUUGUUGGAUUCCGAUUUGACGCUCUUAGACAUUUGUAUGAAAGUGAUUCACUCCUUGAUGAACCUUGUUUAAUGACCGAAGAAGAAUGUAAAAUAAACUAUGUUAGUUUAAAUCAUACAUAUACAGUAGAUCAACCUGAAACCAUUGAAAUUAUUAGGGAAUGGAGAGAAUUCGUCGAUAAUUAUACGAGAAGUAACAACAGGCCAAUUCCAAGUCUAAUAGCCACCGAAUCCUACUCAUCGAUAAAAGUAUUAAUGCAAUACUAUGGCAAUUCAACGAAACCCGGUGCUCAUUUACCAUUUAACUUUGCAUUAUUAUCCGUUGAUAAACGUGAUAUAAUUAAAUCCAUAGACACAAAUAUUAAAAAUUGGCUAGAUAAUAUGCCUGAAAACCAGGUGGCUAAUUGGGUGGUGGAAAACCAUGACAAUUUCAGAAUGCCAACCAAAUAUGGUGCUGAAAUGGUACCACUAUUUACAGCUUUGAAAUUAUCUUUGCCUGGUAUAGAAGUCACAUACUACGGUAGCGAAAUUGGCAUGGACAACACUUAUGUGAGACCAGACCAAACUCAAGAUCCUAAUAAUUCGGGAGCUGGGAGAUUGGAUGAAACUAGAGAUAAUGAAAGAUGUCCUAUGCAAUGGGAUAGUUCAAUAAACGCAGGAUUUACUGAAGCGAAAAAACCUUGGUUACCAGUAAAUCCAAAUUAUUACAAAGUAAACGUCGAAACACAGAAAAAAUUACCAACCAGCAACUAUAAUUUUUACAAAAAAAUGUCUCAACUUCGGAAAACCGAUACAUUUAAAAAUGGUGAUCUGCAAACGUAUAAUGUUACUAAAUCGAUAUAUAUUUUAAAGAGAUCAUUAUUGGAACGCGAAUCAUACAUUGUUGUAAUGAAUUUCGGAAGUGAAACUGAAACCGUCGUAUUGUCCAAUGACGUGAAGAACCUCAAAGACGAAAUUUACGUAUACUUAGGAAGUGAAAAUUCAGCAUACAAUCCUGGAAAUAUUGUAUCAACUGGACCUUCAGCUAGUAAUCCACUAAAACUGCGACCACAAUCUGUUGUCGUAUUAACAGAUAAACUUAUUGAACCUGAAACAAUUGAUACUCAAAAUGCGGGCACACGAAUCGGUUCCACAUUAAUUAGUUUACUCGGUGCUUUUUUACUUUUAAGACACUUCUUAUGA